AUGGCAAUGCUUAAAUUAGAUUCAAAUCAGCAAGAACAACAACAACAACAACAACAACAGACAGAAAACAACAAUAAGAAUAAUAAUAAUAAUAACAAUGAUAAUAUUGAACAAGCACAAGAUGAUUUAUCAUUAAAGAUAUUGGUAAUAGGUGAAGCUGCGUGUGGAAAGACAAGUAUCAUUCACAAAUAUUGUUUAAAUAAAUUCGAACCAAAAUAUAAAGUUACCAUGGGACUAGAUUUCUUCCCUAAAAAGAUAACAGUUGAUGAUCAACCUAUAAAUUUAGCAUUGUGGGAUGUUGCUGGACAAGAAAGAUUCCAUCAUAUGAUUAGAUCAUAUUUUAAGAAUGCCAAUGGUGCAAUUAUUGUAUUCGAUCUUACACGUAUCUAUCACACACUAAACUCUGCAUCAAAGUGGAAGCUACAGUUGGACAUAUGCUUCCCGGAUGACAAUCCAAUACCUUGUAUACUAUUAGCAAAUAAGAGCGAUUUAUUCGAUAUGAAUGACGUUGAGAUCAAAAAACAAUUAGAUGAAUUCAUUGCAGAGAACGGAAUAAAACAAUGGUUCUUUACUUCGGCCAAAGAGGGCUUCGGUAUUGAGCAUGCAAUGGAAUAUAUAGCAAGAGUCAUCUUGGACACCACAUCAGCGCAAUCAAAUACAAUGUCGACAGCUAGCAAUGGAUCUUUUCAAAUAUCAUCAAACGUCAGCAGCUCAAAUGUCAACACCAAUAAUAACAAUGACAAUAGUAACAACAAUAAUACUAAAGGAAGAAAAUGUUGUGCCAAUUAG